ACUUCUGCGAAAUUUCAAUGGUUUUGUAUUUAAAAAAUGAAUGGCUUUGUACUCAUACAAUUUAAAACAUCAACUAAACUCUCUUUGCAAAGUUUAAGGUUGUCACUUCUAACGUUCGACAAGAGUGUGAAAAAUGGAGCAACAACGUAUGAUAUUUCCUUCUACCAAGAAAAUGUGUACUUAUGAUGUUUUCCUCAGUUUUAGAGGAGAAGAUACUCGAUAUGGUUUCACAGGACAUCUCUACAAUGCUUUACACCAAAGAGGAAUCAACACUUUCAUGGAUGAUGAAGAGAUUAAGAGAGGAGAACAAAUUUCACCCACACUUUUCAAAGCAAUUCAAGAGUCUAGAAUAGCUAUAAUUGUGUUCUCAAAAACCUAUGCAUCCUCAAAAUGGUGUCUUCAAGAACUUGUCAAAAUCGUUGAAUGUUUCAAAGCCAAGGAACUAGUGAUAUUUCCAGUGUUUUACAACGUGGAUCCUUCGGAGGUUCGAAAUCAGAAGACAAGUUAUGGAGAACAAUUGGCUAAGUAUGAGGAGAAAAUGAAGGAGGAAGUGCAAAGUUGGAGGUUAGCUUUACAUGAAACUGCCAGCCUUGCAGGGUGGCAUUUUAGAGAUGGAUAUGAAUAUGAGUAUGAAUUUAUCAAAAGGAUCGGUGACACGGUGUGCAGCACAUCAGUACCCAACCUUUCACAUGUUGAGGAUUAUGCAGUUGGACUUGAGCCACGUGUAUCUAAAAUACUAUAUCGUAUGCAAAUGUCUGAUCCCAAUGUCGUUAUGAUAGGAAUAUGUGGGGUUGCUGGAAUAGGCAAAACUACGUUGGCAAGAGCUGUGUAUGAUUCCAUUGGCCAACAAUUUGAAGGUUUAUGCUUUCUGUGUAAUGUAAGAGAAUAUUCAACCAAAUAUGGAUUGGCAUAUCUACAACAGGUAAUUCUUUCUGAUAUGGUUGGCGAGAAUAUCAAUCUGCGUAAUGAGAUUGAUGGAAUUUCAAUCCUAAUCAGAAAGUUGCAAAGUAAAAGGAUUCUUUUGAUACUUGAUGAUGUUGACAAGUUGGAUCAAUUGAAGAAUUUAGCAGGAGCACCAAGUUGGUUUGGUUGCGGAAGUAGGAUUAUCAUAACUACUAGGCAUAAAGAUAUUCUAGCAGCUCAUGGUGUUGGAAAUAUAUAUGAUGUACCUAUAUUUGAUUAUCAUGAAGCUCUUCACUUUUUAAGUGCCGUUGCAUCAAAAAUACCUAAUCCUGAAGGAGUCUGGGAUCGGGCAAUCAGCUACGCCCGUGGCCUUCCGUUGGUUUUAAAGGUUAUAGCUUCUGAUUUAUUUGAAAAAUCAACAGAUGAAUGGGAGAUUUCAUUGGACAGGUAUGAAAAAGUCCGCAAUGAAGGAACUCAGAGUAUAUUUGAAGUGAGUUAUAAUAGCUUGAAUGAAUGUGAGAAGAGAAUUUUCAUUGACAUCGCGUGUUUCUUCAAUAGAGAGACAUUUUCAUAUGUCAAGGAAAUACUAUCUGCUUGUGGUUUCUAUACCAAAUAUGGUUUUGACAGACUUAAGGACAGGUCCCUCAUAUCAAUCACUCCCAGUGGAAGGUUGUUGGUGCAUGAUCAUAUAAUAGGCAUGGCUAUGAAUAUAGUACACCAAGAAUCACCCAUGAAUCCUUGCAAACGAAGUAGGUUAUGGUUACCGGAGGAUGUUCUUCAAGUUUUAGACGAAAAUGCGGGAAAUGAUAAAACCGAAGUCAUGAUAUUGGACAACUUACCACAAGGAGAAGUAGAGAAGUUGAGUGACAAAGCCUUCAAAGAGAUGAAAAGCCUGAGAAUACUAAUUAUUAACGACGCGAUAUAUUCUGAAGUUCUCCAACAUCUCCCUAAUAGCUUAAGAGUUCUGUAUUGGAGUGGAUAUCCUUCAUGGUGUUUACCACCUGAUUUUGUCAACUUGCCUUCUAAGUGUCUCAUUUUCAACAAGUUCAAGAAUAUGAGGAGUUUGGUUAGUAUUGAUUUCACUGACUGUAUGUUUUUAAGAGAAGUACCGGAUAUGUCUGCUGCCCCAAACUUGAUGACAUUGUAUCUUGAUAAUUGCAUAAAUAUUACUAAAAUUCAUGAUUCUGUUGGAUUUCUUGAUAACCUUGAAGAGCUGACAGCCACAGGAUGCACUAGUCUAGAAACAAUCCCUGUUGCAUUCGAGUUGUCAUCUCUUAGAGUUCUCUCGUUCUCUGAGUGCUCGAAACUAACGAGGUUCCCAGAAAUAUUGUGCAAGAUCGAAAAUUUGCAACACAUCAACUUGUGUCAAACUGCCAUAGAGGAAUUACCAUUUUCAAUUGGAAAUGUGACAGGACUUGAAGUUUUAACUCUGAUGGAUUGUACUAGGCUUGAUAAGCUACCUAGUAGCAUAUUUACACUACCAAGACUUCAAGAAAUUCAAGCUGACUCAUGUAAAGGGUUUGGCAUUUCUACUGAAUUUGAAGAGGAUAAUGGACCACUGAAUUUCACUGUUUGUCCAAACAAGAUUCAUCUUCAUUUGAGCUCUUGCAAUUUAACGGAUGAGCAUCUUUUUAUAUGUCUCAGUGGUUUCGCCAAUGUGGUACAUCUGGACAUCUCUUACAGUAAUUUUACCGUCCUUCCGCCAUGCAUUAAACAAUGUAUCAACUUGAAGGCUCUUGUGCUCACAAACUGUAUGCAGCUUCAAGAAAUCUCAGCAAUUCCACAAAAUUUGAGAGAAAUAGAUGCAUCGAACUGCACCUCAUUGACAUCCCAGUCACAAAGUGUACUAUUAAGCCAGGCAUAUCAUGAAACUGGAGAAAAAACUGUAAUGCUUCCAGGAUCAAGUAUACCAGAAUGGUUUGAUCAUUCUAGCAGUGAAAGAUCCAUAUCAUUUUACGCUCGUAAGAGAUUCCCUAGAAUUUGUGUGUGUGUUGUUUUUGGAAUGUCAGAAAAUCUGCCUCAUCAUUUUCUAGUUAGGUUAUGUUUAACCAUCAACGGCCACAAAACGAUACUAUCUCCAUGUUCCAGUUGGUCAAUUCUGAAGGAACAUGUUUGGCAGUUUGAUCUAAGAUCCAUUAUCAAUAAUCACAAUCUGACACAAACAUGGUUGGAACAUGGUUGGAAUCAUGUGGAAGUUUCAUGUAUAGAUUGUGAAGAUGAGCAUUUGAUGGCACAAGCUGUUCAUGGAAUGAGAAGAAUGGCAAUUGUGAAAUGGUAUGGAGUUCAUGUGUACAGACAAGAAAACAGAAUGGAGGAUAUAUCUUAUUCACAAGUGCCAAAAUUCUACAAGAAUGAUCAUGAUGAAAGAUUUAAUGUAGACAAUUACCCUUUGUCUAAACGGCUGUGUAGAUGAUAUGUCUAUUUAAGUACAACAUAGUGAUGUGGCAUGGAAAAUGGCUGUGUAAUGAUGAGUUAUACACAAUAUAAAAUUU